AUGGACACUAAACUUCAUCCCGCAUCUACCGUUACCAACAUCAAGAGCCUUGUUCCCGUAACCCUCGAGAUGGACAGCGGUCUAUACACGUCAUGGAGCGAACUUUAUCGCCUCCACUGUCGUGCGUUUCAGGUGAUCCAACAUCUUUCUCCGAAGCCAGAACCUGAGUCGUCCUCCUCAAAGACGACCGAAAAAGAGAAAGAAACCACCACCAAACAUGCCGAUGAUUCUUGGGAUCGGCUCGACGCUAUCGUUUUACAGUGGAUCUAUGCCACAAUAUCCAGUGAUCUCUUACAUACUAUCUUGAAGCCCAAUGCUACUGCACACGACGCAUGGGUAGCCCUCGAGAAUAUUUCUCACGACAACAAAAGUUCCCGGGCUAUACACCUCCUUCACAAGUUCUCUAACACUCGUCUUAGCGGUUUUCCGAACGUCUCUACAUACUGCCAAUAG